AUGUCCACAGCAUUGGAGUUGAACUCUCCAUUUAGCAGUAAAGAGUUAAAGAGGGUUUUUAGUAUCGAGUUUGGCGUACUUUCACCUGAACUUAUUCGUAAGUAUUCUGUACUCGAGAUUAAAAUAUCUGAUAUUUAUGAGAAUGGAAGACCUAAAUCAGGUGGGCUUAAUGAUCCAUUACUGGGUACAACAGACUACCAUAUUCUUUGCGAAACUUGCCACAUGGAUAUAAAAACUUGCCCUGGUCAUUUUGCACAUAUUGAGUUGGGAAAGCCUAUGUUUCAUAUUGGAUUCAUUACUACCGUACUUAAACUCCUCAGGUGCGUGUGUUAUGCAUGCUCCAAAUUAUUUGUUGAUACACUGGAUCCUAAGUUUAAACAAAUAAAACGCAUUAGAAACCCAAGACUUAGACUUAAAAGAAUUCUAGAAAUGAGAAGCUCUUCAUCUAGGUGUGUAAUUUCUAGUGAUGGUUCUGGAUGUGGAUUUAUUCAGCCAACCUAUUCAAAAGAAGGAUAUAAUUUAUAUAUCAAUCAAAACCAAGAUGAAAACAGGAUUAUUGAUGAUGAAACAAUUGAUUCAAAAAGGUUGUUAACCGCAGAAGAAGUACUUACAAUUUUCAAAAGAAUAUCUCACGAUGACAUGAAAAUUCUUGGUUUUGAUCCAGUAAAAUGUAACCCUUCUUGGUUUAUUAAUACCGUGAUACCAAUCCCUCCGCCGGCUGUAAGACCAUACGUUCAGUUUGGAAGUGAUCGGAGCGAAGAUGACUUGACUUUAAAACUACAACAGAUAAUCAAAUUGAAUGAGAAUCUUAAAAAGCAAAUUCGUAUUGGCUCACCUGAACAUAUUAUUAGUGAGAUGUCAACAGUUCUGCAAUAUCACUUGAUUACACUUAUUAACAACGACUUACCUGGCUUACCACAGUCUAGAACAAGGAGUAACAGACCAAUAAAAUCUCUUAGAGCGCGCCUUAAGGGUAAAGAUGGCCGUAUACGUGGUAACUUGAUGGGGAAAAGGGUAGAUUUUUCUGCAAGAACAGUAAUUACAGGCGACCCUAACUUGGCAGUGGACCAAGUCGGAGUUCCCUACUCUAUUGCUAUGACACUUACUUAUCCUGAAGUCGUCACACCUUAUAAUAUAGAGGAACUAAAGGAGUUGGUAGAAAGAGGGCCACAUGAGUGGCCAGGAGCAACUAGUAUUAUUCAGGAGGAUGGGACUAAAAUCGAUCUAAGAUUCUCCAAUACUUCGAAUAGUUCAAAUAAUUUGCUUCAGUAUGGAUGGAAGGUUGAAAGGCAUAUGAAGAAUGAUGAUUUAGUACUUUUUAACAGGCAACCCAGUUUACAUAAAAUGAGUAUUAUGGGCCAUCGCGUGAAAAUUUUACCUUAUUCCACCUUUAGACUUAAUCUUUCAGUAACAUCGCCAUAUAAUGCAGAUUUUGAUGGAGAUGAAAUGAAUCUCCAUCUUGCUCAGUCGCAUGAGACCCGUUCUGAAAUCAAAAACUUGAUGAUGGUUCCAAGGCAAAUAGUUUCUCCUCAAGGUAACAAACCAGUAAUAGGUAUAGUCCAAGACUCAUUACUUGGGAUUUUCCUUCUUACUAGAAAGUCAACAUUUUUAACUAGAGAAAAAUUUUUACAGUUAUUGUUGUGCAUUCCGUAUUGGAAUGGGAAUAUUCCCCCUCCUGCAGUCCUUAGACCGCAACCUUUAUGGACUGGAAAGCAAAUUAUAACUGUACUGUUGGCAUUCACAACAGAUUUAGGAGAACCAAUUGAGUUAAAUUUAAUGCGAGAUGGGAGCAUUGUAUCAAUUAAACAGUCUAACAACUCUAAUGCAGAUAAAGAUGAUUCUAAAGAGACCAUAGUUAACAAUCCUUGGAUAUCUGAGUUAGAUAAUCAGGUAAUCAUCCAAAAAGGAGAACAUAUUUGCGGAAUACUCACAAAGAAAAUUGCUGGAUCGUCUUCUGGUUCAUUAAUACAUAUUUUGUGGAAUGAGAUUGGCCCGGAAAAAACCGGAUUGUUUUUGACAUACACCCAGAUGGUAGUAAAUACAUGGCUUCUUGAACACGGUUUUACAGUAGGAUGCCAAGAUAUUCAACCCCAGAGCUUUACUUUAGAAAAGAUAAUGAACUCUUUGGAAGGGUCAAAACUACAGGUUCAACAGAUUAUUAGACGCGCUCAGAAAGGUAAGCUUGAUUGUCAACCAGGUAAGAGCUUAAUUGAAUCUUUCGAAGCCCAAGUUAAUCAAGAACUGAAUAGUGCACGCGAGUUAUCCGGCACAAUUGCAACUGAGAACCUUGACUCUUCGAAGAACAAUAUAGUUGCGAUGGUUCAAUGUGGAAGCAAGGGGUCCACGAUUAAUAUCUCACAAAUUAUGGCAUGUGUUGGACAACAAAAUGUUGAAGGUAAACGUAUUCCAUUUGGAUUUAGAGACAGAAGCUUGCCACAUUUCCUCAAAUAUGAUUAUGGGCCAGAAAGUCGCGGUUUUGUCUCGAACUCAUAUCUUUCGGGUCUUACUCCUCAAGAAGUUUUUUUUCAUGCAAUGGGAGGUAGAGAAGGAAUUAUCGAUACUGCAUGCAAAACUUCGGAGACGGGUUAUAUACAAAGGAGACUAAUAAAGGCAAUGGAGGACUGUAUGGUACAAUAUGAUAGAACUGUUAGGAAUAGUAACGGUGAUAUUAUUCAGUUCCUUUACGGAGAAGAUGGAAUGGCAGGAGAAUUUAUUGAAGAUCAAGUUAUUGAACUAUUACAGAUGGAGGCGGCAGUGUUUCAGCAUAAGUAUCGGCAUAAUGUUGAACACCCGAGAUGGGGCUCUACUUGGGCAGGUGUGCAACCAUCCUUGAUUAAAAAUCUUCAGUUUGAUUUAGAAUCUCAGAAUAUAUUGAAUUCUGAAUACAAACAACUUGUAACAGACCGUGAGCAACUGGGGAAAGAUAUUUUUCCGGAUGGGGAAACGAGACAGCACCUUCCAAUAAAUAUCAAUCGGAUAAUUCAAAUGGCUCAGCAAAAGUUCCCUCAAAGAGUAAGCGACGCGUCAUCAAGCAAGGAUUGGGGGCCAGUAUUCAUAAUAAGAAAGGUUGAAUCAUUGCUUGAUAGAUUAUUGCUCUGGAAGAAUGUCGGGAUUAUUAACGAGGAAAACAAUACAAAUAAAUCUAAUUUUGUAUUUGAUAGCAUUAUUGCCGAGGUUCAAAAAAAUGCGACAACCUUAUUAGGAAUACAUAUUAGAAGCUCCUUAGCUAGUAAGAAAAUAUUGGAGGUUGAUAGGCUUGGGCCAACAGCAUUUGAAUGGAUACUUGGAGAAAUCGAACAUCAAUUUUAUAGAAGCCUUGCGCACUCUGGUGAAAUGGUUGGUACUAUAGCAGCGCAGUCAAUUGGUGAGCCCGCAACCCAAAUGACAUUAAAUACCUUCCACUUUGCUGGUGUGGGCUCCAAAAAUGUAACUCUUGGUGUUCCAAGACUGAGAGAGUUAAUUAAUGUUGCAAAGAAUGUUAGAACGCCAACACUUACGGUUUAUCUCGAAAGUGGGAUUGCAAAUGAUCAAGAACAGGCGAAAGAUGUAUUGACAUUACUGGAGCAUACGACAUUACAAAACAUUACAACGAUCGCACACAUUUUGUAUGAUCCAGAACAAGAUAAGACAAUUGUUGAAGCUGACAAAAGUUGGGUUAGCGAUUAUUAUGAAUUUCCUGAUGAUGCGGAUAUUACAAACAGGCUUGGUACUUGGCUGUUAAGAAUACAACUAAAUAAUAAGCUCGUUACUGAUAAGAAACUAUCAAUGAAAGAAAUUGGCGAUAAGAUUUUAAUGGAGUUCAGUAAGGAUGAGCUGGAUUGUAUUUGGACGGAUGAUAAUUCGGAUGAGCUAGUUUUAAGACUUAGGAUUAAAAAUAUUGAGCCUAAUGCUAAUAAUGUGCGUGAUAACAUACAAUCUUCUGAAGAGAACGACUCAAUCUCUCCAUCCAUUACAUCUGGGGUUGAAGAACAUAAGUUUUUGGAGAAACUGAUGACGGAAUGCCUUUCUCAAAUUACACUCAGAGGAAUAAACAAUAUUAAGAAAGUUUAUAUGAAAGAGGAGCAGGUAUCUAAAUAUGAUAGUAUUAGUCAAAAGAUGGUAAGAGAUAACCAAUGGGUGCUUGACACAGAUGGAUGCAAUCUUGAAGCAGUGCUUUGCCAUACGGCGAUAGAUAGUUCUAGGACUAUUUCAAAUGAUAUAACUGAAGUCUUCAGUGUACUGGGGAUUGAAGCUGUAAGAAGAGCUCUACUUAAAGAACUGAGAACGGUUAUUUCAUUUGAUGGAAGCUAUGUAAAUUAUAGACACUUAGCAUUACUCUGCGAUAAUAUGACUCAAAAGGGGCACUUAAUGAGUAUAACAAGGCAUGGUAUCAAUAGAGUAGAUAAGGGACCACUUCAAAAAUGCAGCUUUGAGGAAACUGUUGAGGUUUUAAUGGAUGCUGCUAUGUUUGGAGAAACAGAUUACCUAAACGGCGUAAGCGAAAAUGUCAUGGUUGGGCAGCUCGCACCAUAUGGAACUGCCUGCUUUGAUGUAUUGAUUGAUCCAGAUAAACUGAGGGAUACUGCUACUCACCUCGAAAUCCAUGGAGAAUUUGCCAAACUUGGAAAGUUUUCCACACUUUCUCAAACGACUAGGUUAUACUCUGAGAAUGGAUCAUUUGAAUCAGACUCUUUUGAAUCUCCGAUGUCGCCUCUUUCUCCGAUGUCUCCUCUUUACCAAUCGUAUGAGCCAAUGUCUCCUAUGAUCUCUGGCCAAUUUUCUCCAGUUCAAAUGACCCCAAGAUCGCCUAUGAGCCCAGUUUCGCCGGGGGGGAUAUUUAGCCCAGUUCCCUAUUCUCCUAUGAGCCCAUCUUCACCAUUAAUGGAUUACACUCCAACUUCUCCCAUUUAUGCAGCAAGCAGUCCAACAUACAAUACAGAGCUUUCUGAGAGGGCUAGAAAAAAAUACAAAGUUAAUAACACACUAAGUUCCUACUCACCAUCUUCACCUUUAAAUUCGAAUAACAAAAUAAACAACAUAAGUCCAGACAUAUCUCCAACUUCUCCACACUAUUCACCAACAUCACCACAUUACUCCCCAACUUCGCCGCAUUAUUCACCAACCUCACCACACUAUUCCCCGACCUCGCCGCACUAUUCUCCAACGUCGCCUCACUAUUCUCCAACGUCGCCUCACUAUUCUCCAACGUCGCCGCACUAUUCGCCUACAUCGCCGCACUAUUCCCCAACAUCACCGCAUUAUUCUCCAACUUCACCACAUUAUUCACCAACAUCGCCACAUUAUUCACCAACAUCACCACACUAUUCCCCGACCUCGCCGCACUAUUCUCCAACGUCGCCUCAUUAUUCUCCAACAUCGCCGCACUAUUCGCCUACAUCGCCGCACUACUCCCCAACUUCUCCCCACUACUCCCCUUCAUCACCGCAUUAUUCACCGACUUCUCCUCAUUAUUCUCCUACAUCGCCUAACUACAAUCCAGCAUCUCCAAAUUAUUCUCCUACUUCACACUAUUCGCCUACCUCACCUAACUACAACCCCACCUCACCUAACUACUCCCCAUCCUCGCCUAAUUAUGUUUCUAACAGUUCUAAUUCUCCCAGAUAUUCGCCUUCAUCACCGCAUUAUGACCCUGCGGCCGUUACGUCGGUCCCGAAGUCUCCAUCGUAUUCUGUUGAUAAGAUGGUGCAGGACGCCGAAUACUCACCAUCUUCCCCUCUUGACGAGGUAAAAAAUUCGUAA